CUCCCGCUGGCCCCGCAACUCCCCAACGCCGAGUUUUCGCGGGAAAAAAAUCAGAGCAGCUGGUAGCUAGGCGGACGGUGUUGAUCGAGAGCGCGCUCCGGAUCGCACGCAGGUCCGCGCGGGAGACCGGGCCACGCACGCGGCGCCACCGCAGUCCCUAGCUGGGGAAGCUAGUGCGUUGGAUCGCGGCGGCCGGAGAGCACCGACACCAUGUGGGUCCAGGUGCGGACCAUGGAUGGCAAGGAGACUCACACCGUGGACUCGCUCUCCAGGCUGACCAAGGUGGAGGAAUUGAGGAGGAAGAUUCAGGAGCUGUUUCACGUGGAGCCGGGUUUGCAGAGGCUCUUUUACAGGGGCAAGCAGAUGGAGGACGGCCACACGCUCUUUGAUUAUGAUGUGCGCCUCAAUGACACUAUCCAGCUGCUGGUGCGCCAGAGCUUGGUGCUGCCAUCCAGCCAGAAGGAGAGGGACUCGGAGCUCUCAGACACCGACUCAGGCUGCUGCCUGGGCCAGAGCGAGUCGGAUAAGUCAUCCACACAUGGCGAGGGGGCUGCCGAUGCAGACAGCAAGGCUGGCCUGGCCGACGAGGACUUGUCUGAGACUGAGCAGGGGCUCUACAAGGUGAACGAGUACGUGGAUGCGCGGGACACGAACAUGGGUGCGUGGUUCGAGGCACAGGUGGUCGGGGUGCUGCGGAAGCCACGGUUGGCCGAGGACGAGCCCUGCAGCUCCACCGCCAGCCCGACGCCCGAGGAGGAUGUCAUCUACCGUGUGAGAUACGAUGACUACCCCGAGAACGGCGUGGUCACCAUGCAGUCCCACGACGUGCGUGCGCGGGCCCGCACCAUCCUCAAGUGGCACGAGCUGGAGGUGGGCCAGAUGGUCAUGCUCAACUACAACUCCGACCACCCCAGGGAGCGUGGCUUCUGGUACGACGCGGAGAUCUGCAGGAAGCGAGAGACGCGAACGGGGCGGGAGCUGUAUGCCAACAUCAGGCUUGGGGACCAUUCGCUGCACAACUGUCGCAUUGUCUUCGUGGACGAAGUCUUCAAGAUCGAGCGCCCAGGCGAGGGGCCCCCGGCGGUCGAGAGCCCCAUGAGACGCAAGAGUGGCCCGAGCUGCAAGUACUGCAGGGACGACCCCAACAAGCUGUGCCGCGUGUGCGCCUGCCACCGGUGCGGGGGCCGGGAGGCGCCCGACAAGCAGCUCAUGUGCGAUGAGUGCGACAUGGCGUUCCACCUGUACUGCCUGGACCCGCCGCUCAGCAGUGUGCCACCGCCCGAGGAGGACUGGUACUGCCCCGAUUGCCGGAACGAACCCAGCGAGGUGGUGCUGGCCGGGGAGAGGCUACGAGAGAGCAAGAAGAAGGCGAAGAUGGCGUCGGCCACGUCGUCCUCUCAGCGGGACUGGGGCAAGGGCAUGGCGUGCGUGGGGCGCACAAAGGAGUGCACCAUCGUCCCAUCCAACCACUAUGGACCCAUCCCAGGCAUCCCUGUGGGCACCAUGUGGCGAUUCCGCGUGCAGGUCAGUGAGUCUGGCGUCCAUCGGCCUCACGUUGCAGGCAUCCACGGGCGCAGCAAUGAUGGCGCCUACUCCUUGGUCCUGGCCGGGGGCUAUGAGGACGAUGAGGACAAUGGGAAUUCUUUCACCUACACAGGUAGCGGUGGUCGCGAUCUUUCUGGCAACAAGCGGACUGCCGGGCAGUCGUCUGACCAGAAACUCACCAACACCAACAGGGCCCUGGCUCUCAACUGCUACGCCCCGAUCAACGACAAGAAGGGCGCAGUGUCCAAGGACUGGCGCGCGGGGAAGCCGGUGCGGGUCGUGCGGAACAUGAAGGGUGGCAAGCACAGCAAGUACGCACCUGCCGAGGGCAACCGCUACGACGGCAUCUACAAGGUGGUGAAGUACUGGCCCGAGAAGGGCAAGUCCGGCUUUCUCGUGUGGCGCUACCUCCUUCGCAGGGACGAUGACGAACCUGGACCCUGGACGAAGGAGGGGAAGGACCGCAUCAAGAAGCUGGGGCUGACUAUGCAGUACCCAGAGGGCUACUUGGAAGCCCUGGCCAACCGGGACAAGGAGAACAAGAGGGCGGCUGAGGAGCAGGAAGACCUGUCGCCCUCCAAGAAGGGCACGUGGAAGCGGAAGUCAGCAGGCCAGACUGGGUCCGAGUCGCAGACCACCAAGAAGACCAAGCUGGAGCCCUACAGCCUCACGGCCGAGCAGAGCAACCUCAUCAAGGCGGAUGAGAGCAAUGCGAAGCUGUGGACUGAGGUCCUCACGGCACUCAGGGAAGGCUCGUUCCAGGUGUUCCUGAGCAAGGUGGAGGAGACGUUCCAGUGCAUCUGCUGCCAGGAGCUGGUGUUCCAGCCCGUCACCACCGUGUGCCAGCACAGCGUGUGCAAGGACUGCCUGGACAGGUCAUUCCGCGCCCAGGUCUUCAGCUGCCCGGCCUGCCGCUAUGACCUGGGCCGCAGCUACGCCAUGCAGGUGAACACGGCCCUGCAGACCAUCCUCAGCCAUUUCUUUCCCGGCUACGGCAGCGGCCGGUGAUCUCCGAGCACUUCGGUGGCGCUGGACCCGUCCCGGUGCCUGGCCUUGGCCUUGUCCUUAGCGGGCUUAACUUAAGCAUGUAGUUUCCCUCCGCUCCCUCAAAGCCUUGUCUUCCUGUUUUUGUUUUUGUUAUUUCUUAAUGUAUACGUUUUCCGGAAUUUCCAAGUUCUAGCUGAAAGUUGGACUUGCGAGUGUUUGGUUCAGUUGUGUCAGAACUAUAAAGCUGCAGUUUAUCUGCAUGAGGUGGGUUGGGUCCCGCGGCCCGAGGCUGUGCCGGCCGCUCCUGUGGAGUCCUCAGAAGCCACCGACUGCCGGCCAUCUGUGAGGUUGGGGGCCCGGGGUCUGCCCAGAGGUGGCUAAGC